GAAUCCAAGAAGGCAGGACUCGGUUCCGCGCGUGCUCACCCCACCUCCACGCGGGGUUUCUGGCAGGCAAGAGGCAGGGGUGGCGCAGGCCUCAGUUUCCCCAUCACGGGGAGGCCCCGCCCCGCCCUCGGGGUGGCCACCCGAGCCGGCUUCGGCUGCGGAGACCCGCCCCCGCUUUCUCCGGCUUCCGCCGCCCGGCUACGUCCUCCGGGCCCCACCGGAAGCUUGCGCUGCGCCGCGGGGAGGCGGUGGCUGCGGCGGAGGCGCCGAGAUGGGGUAACUGAGACCCGCUCUGAGGAAGUGAAUUUACCUGAGACCCUGGACGGGCCAGAGCCAACUCGCCUGGAACUUGCCUUUUUGGAUCUGACACCAGGACCUGGGGAUUUCCACCGGGACAGCGAGCACUCCCACCCAGAAUUCCAGGCUGUUCAGAGGCCCCAGGGAACAGAGACAAGUCACCAGCCGUGGCUCUCUGUGCUGAGGUUCCCUGGGGCAGGAGGAAAGGUUGGAGGAAGCCAGCGGCAGCCUGAGGCUCUCCGACAGGGGAACUCUGACUGCGGUUCCUGAAAGUCCGUGCCACAGUGGUUGUUUUCUCUCUGACUCGCUCUCUUGCUCUCUGUCACUCUGAAGAAUGACUGGACACUCCUCGAGCCUACAGUCAGCAUCCAGGGGAUUUUCUCUUUUCACCACAAAGGGUAAUUCCUGCUCCAUCCCUGCUGUGACUCAGCUGUGACGUCGAGCCACCCAAGUCAGUGAGAAGAUAAAGUCAUCAGAUCCCUGCUCACCAGAGAGGGUGGCCCACACCAGAGCUCACCUCUGCUCCCAGCACAGACUCCACGAGGCUGGUCCCCUCCCCAGAGGAGCUUAGCCGGCCCCCCUGGCCAGGCUGGGACCUCAGGAUGGCCUCUGGCUCAACCAGCGGCCCCCGCCCAGCCCCUGAUGAGAACGAGUUUCCCUUUGGGUGCCCCCCCAUCGCCUGCCAGGACCCACCAGAGCCCAGAGCCCUCUGCUGCACCGCCUGUCUCUCUGAGAACCUGAGGAGCAGCGAGGAUCGGAUCUGUCCCAAGUGCAGAGGAGACGACCCCCAGUCUGUGAGCCCAGGAAGCCUUGUCUCUCAGGAGAAGGAUCACCCCGAGGUGGCUGUGGAUGGAGUCGGGUGCCCCUUUUCGGGUGUUGGCUGCUCCUUCAAGGGGAGCGCAAAGUUCAUGCAGGAGCAUGAGGCCACCUCUCAGGCCACCCACCUAAACCUGCUGCUGGGGUUCAUGAAACAGUGGAAGGCCCAGCUGGGCUCAGGCCUGGGGUCGGGGCCCAUGGCCCUGGAGCAGAAUCUGUCAGACCUGCAGCUGCAGGCAGCCGCGGAGGCGGCUGGGGACCUGGAGGUGGACUGCUACCGGGCGCCCUGCUCCGAGAGCCAGGAGGAGCUGGCCCUGCAGCACUCCAUGAAGGAGAAGGUCCUGGCCGACCUGGAGGGGAAGCUGCGCGUGUUUGAGAACAUCGUCGCCGUCCUCAACAAGGAGGUGGAGGCCUCCCACCUGGCCCUGGCCGCCUCCAUCCACCAGAGCCAGCUGGACCGCGAGCACAUCCUGGGCUUGGAGCAGAGGGUGAUAGAGCUGCAGCAGACGCUGGCCCAGAAAGACCAGGCCCUGGACAAGCUGGAGCAGAGCCUGCGGCUCAUGGAGGAGGCCUCCUUCGAUGGCACCUUCCUAUGGAAGAUCACCAACGUCACCAGGCGGUGCCGUGAGUCGGCCAGUGGCAGGACCGUCAGCCUCUUCUCCCCAGCUUUCUACACUGCCAAGUACGGCUACAAGUUGUGCCUGAGACUCUACUUGAAUGGCGAUGGGACCGGAAAGAGGACCCACCUGUCGCUCUUCAUUGUGAUCAUGAAAGGGGAGUACGAUGCUCUGCUGCCGUGGCCUUUCCGGAACAAGGUCACCUUCAUGCUCCUGGACCAGAACAACCGUGAGCACGCCAUUGAUGCCUUCCGGCCUGACCUGACCUCCGUGUCCUUCCAGCGGCCCCAGAGCGAAACCAAUGUGGCCAGCGGCUGCCCGCUCUUCUUCCCUCUGAGCAGGCUGCAGUCGCCCAAGCACGCCUACGUGAAGGACGACACCAUGUUCCUCAAGUGCAUUGUGGAGACGAGUGCUUAAGGCUGACGGCGAAGCGCAGCCGUGCCCGCGUCCUGAGGGAGCGCCAGCCCAGACUGGAGGGGGUCCUGCCCCCGGUGCCCAAGGUCCCGAGGCACCGUGAUAGGCUUAGGGUGGCAGGGCCUGGAGCUGGGCCCACAGAAGCAGAAGGUCCAGAAGGAGGUGGCGGCAAAAUUGUCCCUUCUGCACUGGCCAUGCAACACUGGAGGCCUGGCAGCCACUCCAGCCUGAAUGUUAAGGAAGACUCCUGCCAAGACGGGGAGGGAAUGGGGAUUGAACCUGGGGCGCGGAUGGUGAUCUAGAGGUAAAGGGCCUGAGUGUGAGACAGCCUCUGCAGGGCCACCAUGGAGACCUGGAAACAUUCUUGCCAUCUUCCUGCCCAGGGUCAGAACCAAGGGGUGGAAGGGACAGAAUCCAGUCUGUCCAGGCAUGCACUGAGUUCCCCAUCACUGGAGGUGAGCAAGCAAAGCCAGACGGCUACACCGGAAUGGGGGAAGGCAUCAAGUUGGGGGUUGGAUCUGAAGACCUUCAAGAUUCCUUGCAGCCCAGAAAGUGUCUGAUUCUAGGCCUCCUGGCCCAGGUGAGGCCUGCAGCUGCUGGGGUUCUGGAAACAUUCAGGUGCCUCAUGUCCUCCAGGUUCCUCACUCACCUCAGUGCCACCAGGGGGGCUGGGCUGGCCCCCACAGCACCUGCCACCCAGGCCUGGCAGCUCAGCUUCCCCAACAUGCAGAGAGGCAUGCAGGCCCUGCGUCCUAUGCGGGCCCCCACCAGACUCCCCUUCACCUCCUCCAGGUGAAACAGGGUCACUGAGCUCCCAGGAGCCUCCAGAAGGAGCGUGAGGAAGGAAAGAGGCAUAAACUCUCUGCUCCCUGCCUGGGGGGCCACCGUCCACGCUCUCCUGAACCCCAUGACCCGACAAACCACGGCAUUCACUUUUCUCGUUGACUGAUCAGGAUCUCUGAGCCCCUAGCAGAGGUUGUCCUUUUCAAUAUGUAUAAAACCAAGAGAGAAUUCUUUUU